CCUGACUGAAUAAGUCGAUUUUUUAAAAAAGCUUUAUACUUCAACUAUGCCUUUUUAUCACAAUGAGAAAUUUGCUUAAAGUGUGAUUCGAAAACUUUAUUGAAAUAUUAUGGAUUUUUACAAAUUCGACUUUUAAGUCAAGGUAGAAAUUCAAAAUGGCUGUGAACGUUCGUGGGUGUUAUUUCCAUGUAAGAACCAUGUAGUUUCAUUUGUAUUUUCUGCGACAGACUUAAUUUGUCCGUUUUGACGCAAAGGUGGGCGAUUAUAUCAUUGAAUAGCAGGUGCCCGGUCGCUUACACCAUAAUUUGUCGCUUGUAUCAAUGAAAAAUUUAACGUCAAAGCAAGAAAUAACUCAAAAGUCAAGGCAGAUUCCCAUCAGUUUAUAUAAUAUGAUAUACAAUCUUUAGUUUCGAUAAGAAUGUACCCAAAGUAAAUGGGCUAAGGAUUUAACUUAUCGAUAUAUUGGUCCUGUUGGACCGAAUCAAUUGAUCAUGGCUAGCUUAAAUAACGAAAAUGAAAGGCUUCUCCAAAAUGAUGAUGGCGAUGAAAAUUUUUAUGAUGAAUCGAGCAGCCCUACUUUCAAUCAAGAUUACCAACAAUCCCCAUCUAGACCAAGACAUGUUGAAGGUCUCUAUACUUAUGAGGAGGGAAUAUCUCAAACAGGGUAUGGAAAAUUCCACGUAUUUUUGGUGUUAUUGUGUGGCUGGGCAGUGUCCAGUGAUGCCGUAGAAGUUUUGUCCGUUUCAUUUUUAAUUCCAUCAGCUUCAUGUUCAAAUGACUUAAAUUUAUCAUCUUCUGAUAAAGGAUGGCUCAAUGCUAUUGUUUUCGUUGGUAUGAUGGUUGGGGGGUAUUUUUGGGGAUCACUAGCUGAUAGUGUUGGUAGACGGUCAGUAUUGAUGUGGUCAUUAAGUCUUAAUGGUAUUGGAGCCUUAUUAUCUAGUACCUCUCAAGUCUUUUGGUUAUUUCUAUUGUUCAGAUUAAUAAGUGGUAUUGGUGUUGGUGGAAGUAUACCUGUAAUAUUUACAUAUUUUGUUGAAUUUCAACCUAAAAAUAAGCGUGGUGGUAUGAUUAGUUUAUUAGCAACAUUUUGGAUGGGAGGGAAUAUAUUGGCAGCAGGUCUGGCAUGGUUAAUUGUUCCACAUGAAAACUUUGGUUAUUCCUCGCCUUCAUUCUUGUAUAAUAGUUGGAGAAUAUUUGUAGCAUUCUGUACCAUUCCAAGUUUUACUUCAGCAGCCAUUUUCUUUAUCAUGCCUGAAAGUCCAAAAUUUUUACUUCAGAAAGGAAAAGAAAUUGAUGCCAUCCAUGUUUUAAAAAGAAUCCAUCAUCAAAAUAAACAUAGGAAUCAAUUUACUACACCACUAACAGAACAGCUAACUGUGUUCAUUGUUGAUAGACACCACUUUACAGAACAGCUACCUCUGUUCAUUCUUUUAUCCACUACCCUGAGACUCUUUCAUAAAGAUCUAAGAAGACAAACUAUAAUUUUGAUUAUCAUAAACUUUACUUUAUCUUUUGGGUAUUAUGGGUUGUUUAUGUGGUUUCCAGAGUUAUUUAACAGAAUAGAUAAAUAUGGUGGAACGCCUUGUGAUCCUGGUUUAAUAAAUUCAACACUAAACACUACCACUGACAAUUCUUGCCAUCCUCCAACUAAUUGGGUAUUUUUCGCAGGCUUUAUGACAGCUUUAUCAAACCUUCCAGCCAAUAUAUUCACUAUAUUUUGUAUGGAUAGACUUGGAAGAAAAUACUUAUUGGCCUCUAGUAUGGUGUUAUCUGGUAUUUGUGUAUUUUUUAUAUGGUUUGUAAGAACUAAAGUAGAGAAUUUAAUAAUGUCCUGUUUAUUUGGUCUUGUUUCCACUGUUGGCUGGAACUCACUGGAUGUUCUUUCAGCUGAACUCUUCCCAACUGAAGUCAGAUCUACAGGAUUCGGUGUUCAGCAAGCCUUUGCCAGAGUAGGUGCUAUUUUGGGUAAUGUUAUAUUUGGAGAGUUAUUAGAUGUUCACUGUGCUAUACCAAUGUUAUUAGUGGCAGCUUUAUUGGCGUUUGGUGGAUUAUCUUCAUUAAAACUGCCUAAUACAGCUGAAAUUGAUAUCCAUUAGAGAUGUGUUGUUAUGAUCAUAUAUAUUUUUACUUUCUGUGAUAAAAAAAGCUAUAUGAUGUUUCUCAAGGACUCUCAAAAUGUGAUAACAUCACCGCAAGUGAAUUUAAACAUUUUUGCCAAACAUGACUGGCAAAUUCUGUCAGAGAUUCCAGAGAAUAAGAAUUUGGAUUAAAAAGCAGAGCAAACGAAAGACUAAUGUGGACUGCCAAAGUGACCCUACCUCGCUUUUCAAUGACCAAUGAAUGAUACUCAUUUUCAGGUAUCUCAUUGUGGUGACACACAUGGUACUACAUUAUUUUUGAUUAAGAAUUUGUAAUCAAUGUUUUAUUAUAGGCCUACACAAUAAAUUUAAGUGAUCAUUUCAAAUUUCCUUUUGUAAUUACCUUGUACAUGUAUAUUGAUAUUUUAUUUUCUACUAAAAUAAAUAUUUCUUGUAUUGAUUCUUCCAAAA